UUAUUUCGUUAAAAAUGUAUUUUUACUAAAUACUUACGCAAAAAGUGAUUACUGAGCAGUAAGCUCUGCAUUAAAAAAAAAUCGCUUUUAAGUUUUAUUUCCAAGUGUUUCAACGCAGUUGGGUUUUUUGAAAUUAUUGUCGAUAAUUAUAUUAUUCACAUGAUAUGCGUUUGUGAUGUGCGGUUAGUUAAAAUAUAAUUGUGAUUCAUUAUAAUCACUGUCUUAGAACAUUGAAACAAGUCAUAAUACAACUGAAAACAAAGGAUUCAGACGCUUGACCAUGUAUUGUUGGGGCAAUACAAUCAACGGGGAACUCGGUCUGGGUGGUAUUGAGGAAAACUAUAUCCUCAGUCCAGAAGAGAUAGUCAAUUUUGAAAGCGUGAAUAACAUUAAAUCAGUGGCUUGUGGAAAUAAUCAUACACUUGCCGUAACUGAAGAUGGACAAUUAUAUGCUUGCGGUAGUAACGAUUUUGGUCAGCUGGGACAUGAUGGAUGUCGGACAAAACUACAAAAAAUUCCAGGGGUUGAAUCUUUGGUGAUGACAAGUGUUGCAUGCGGAGAAGCUCAUUCAAUGGCACUUAAUGAAUGGGGACAGUUAUACACUUGGGGUUCUGACUCCUGUGGACAAUUAGGACUUGAAACUGAUGAAGGGAUUCAAUAUAAACCAAAAAUCGUCAAAACAUUAGCCAGUAUGCUAUUAGUUCAAAUUAGUUGUGGAUAUAAACAUUGUAUGGCUCUGACAAACCAUGGAGAGUUGUACACUUGGGGCUCAAAUGAAUUUGGACAGUUGGGCCUUGGACUUGGCCCUGGUAAUGUGUCAAAGCCAACAUUGGUUAAUUCACUGGUUGGCUUACCUAUUUCAUUUAUUGCCUGUGGUGGAUAUCAUAGUUUUGUUGUAUCAAAAUCAGGUGCUGUGUUUGGUUGGGGAAAAAAUGAUUUUGGACAACUAGGGAUAAACAGUCAAACUAGCUUAUCAUCACCUGCACAACUGAAAACAAUACGAACUGUCAAAGUAAAGUAUAUUGCUGGAGGAGAAGAUUUCUCAGUAUUCUUGACAUAUGAUGGUGGAGUUUUCACAUGUGGUGCUGGUAUGUAUGGUCAAUUAGGACAUGGUUCAUUUUCAAACGAAAUUGUUCCAAGAAAAGUGCUAGAACUCAUGGGCAGUACUGUGACUCAAGUUACAUGUGGGCGGAGACAUACUUUGACUUUAGUACCUUCAAAGGGUCGAGUCUACUCAUUUGGACUUGGUAGUGUUGGCCAGUUAGGUACAAAAUCAUCUAUUAACUCAAAUACACCACAAUUAGUAUUAGGACCUUGGCUAUCUCCUUCUGGAACAUCUAUGAUAGAAACAAAUAAGCAAUAUGUUGUUAAAAGUAUUUAUGCGGGAGGUGAUCAAUGUUUUGUUAGAGUCACUCAUAAAUCGCUCGAUAUAUGUCCAGAUGAUUAUCGAAUUAUUCAAGAAAGUUCUCAAAUUUGGACUGUAAAGCUUUCAGAUGUGAUAAAUUUAUCAACCAUCCUACCAGAAAAUCCUGUUGACCAAGAAAGAAUGUCGUUUGUAGAAAUAGUGAUGAGCAGUUUGUCAUGUUUAAAUGGCUCAUUUUUAAUGUUGAAUGAUAUUCAUUACACUUGUACAGAAAAUAAUCAUGGUAUAGAUUUUGAUCUCGCUGCACUAUGUUUUGAUGCCAUAAGUCAUGUACGCAAUACUUCGUUGAGUGAUUUAAUAUUAACAUCAUUAGCCAGUGCAGUUGAUUCUUUAUCAUUGCCUUCUCCUGAUGUGGAGUCAUUGAGGUUUUAUCUAACCUUACCUAUGUACCACGAGUUUAAAAAUAUUACAAAUGCUACCAUACUUCAAGUGCCUUAUGCUGAAGCAUUACUAAAUCUGAGCAGCACGGAUUCAAAUACUAUAGAGUUUUGGAUUUCUUCAAUGCCGGUUGUGUAUUUUAAUACCUUAUUAAUGGUGUAUAAAAAUGUAUUUAUUGAUCAAUUGAACACCAAUACAAAUUCUACUGAACAAAAAUGUUGGGAUAAAGCAUUGAUAGUGGCUGCUUCAAUGUUAGCUAAAUUAAAUAAACUAAAUUCCAAUUUAAACGGGCAUCAAGUGAAGAAAGGCCAAUUGAAAGUGCCAUACACCUCAUUUUAUAUUCCACAAUUAUCUGAUAAGAUAGAUAUACCUUCUGAUUACAUGAAGUGGAUGCGUGCCGAUAAUAACGGAAUUAAAUAUCAAGAUUUUUAUUUUUGUAACUAUCCUUUUCUGUUCAAUGCUGAAGCUAAGACAAUACUCUUACAAGUUGAUCAGAAAGUACAGAUGCAACAAGCAAUGCAAGCUGCAGCAACAAGAGCAUUUACGCAAAUGCUAUUUUUGGACGUGAAUCAGCAUAAUUUAGCAAAUCAAUUUAUUGAGCUUAAUGUCUCACGGAACAACUUAGUUGUAGAUACAAUACGUGAAUUGUCUCUUUAUACUCAACAUGAUUAUAAAAAACCUUUGAAAGUGAAAUUUAUUGAUGAAGAAGCUGAAGAUGCUGGAGGAGUAAGAAAAGAAUUUUUUAUGCUUUUGAUUAAAGAGAUUUUAGAUCCAAAAUUUGGUAUGUUUGUAAAUUAUGAAGAUACAAACAUGAUAUGGUUUAAUGACUCUUCCUUUGAAGAUGUCACAAUGUAUUAUCUUAUUGGUUUGAUGUGUGGCUUAGCGAUAUAUAAUUUUAUUAUCAUAGACUUACCAUUUCCUGUAGCAUUGUACAAAAAACUACUUAACGAACCUAUUACCCUUCAAGAUUUUAAAGAUCUGGAUCCAAUGGUGGGUAUAAGUUUUGAAGAAUUAUUGGCUUAUAAUAAACCUGAUCUUGAUGAAGUAUUUAAUCUCACUUUUGAAAUCACUAGAGAAGUUUAUGGAGAAAUUCAAACAAUUCCAUUGAAACCAGAUGGGGCUAAUAUAAUAGUUGAUCAAAAUAAUAAACAUGAAUUUGUCGAUUUGUACGUAGAUAUGGUAUUAAACCGUAGAGUUGAAAAACAAUUUAAUGUAUUCAAAGAUGCAUUUUUAAAAGUGUGCGGUGGACGCGUAUUAAGAUUGUUCCAUUCGCAAGAAUUAAUGGCUGUUGUUGUGGGCAAUCAAGACUACAAUUGGAUUGAGUGGGAGAAUAAUGCUGAGUAUAAAAAUGGUUACAGUAAAGACGACGAGACAAUAAAAAUGUUUUGGGAAGUAUUUCAUGAGUUUAACAUUGAUGACAAAAAGAAGUUUUUGCUAUUUCUUACAGGAAGCGAUCGUGUACCCAUUAUGGGAAUGAAAGCAAUAAAAAUUUAUAUCCAACCCACCCUAGAUGAUAACUUCUUGCCUGUGGCACACACAUGUUUCAACCUUUUAGAUUUACCGAAAUAUAAAUCCAAAGGAAAACUGAAGUAUAAGCUGACUCAAGCCAUUCACCAGACACAAGGAUUUUCUCUGGUCUAAACAUUUUAUGACACACAUUCCUCAAAAAUAAAUACACUCAAAAUUAAAUGUUUAAUUAACAAACUUUAUCGUAGGAUUUAAUGGCAGAGGAGCUCAGCAUUAUAAUUGUUGAAUAUCAGGGUUACAUUAUUCGCUCGUGUUAAUGUUAUGUUUUCGUUCCUUAAUGCCUAGAUUAAGAUUUAUGUUAUUUAUUCAAAUAAUUAAUAUAAUAUAAGCUUGUGGCUGGUUAAUAAAUUGUUUAAGACAUAAUCAUAUUUGUAAUAUUUACUUAAGGACAAUAAUUACCGGUUAGGUGAAUAUACAACUCGAUUAAAAGAAAAUUCAACUCAAAAA